AUUUAAAAAGAAGUUGGCAAUAACUGUUAUUUGUUUUCUUUCGAGUUCAGUUUUCUUUUUGUAUAAUGAUUAAUCAUUUAUUCCAGCUAGUUCUAUAAAAUAUAAAAGAAAUUUUAUUCUGUCGUACAAUGUUUUCUUUUAAUGGGUUAUUUGAACCUGUUCGACCAUUUAAUACCCAGUAUCGAUGUUAUUCUGUAUGUAUGCUUCCAGGAAAUGAGAGAAAAGAUGUCGAACGAGGUGGAAAAAUCAUAAUGCCUCCAUCAUCUUUAGAUCACUUAGCACGUCUAAAUAUUGUAUAUCCCAUGCUCUUUAAAUUGACAAACAAAAAGACUAAUCGAAUUACUCACUGUGGUGUGUUAGAGUUUGUUGCUGAUGAAGGAAAAGUUUAUUUACCAUACUGGAUGAUGCGGAAUCUUUUAUUAGAGGAAGGAGGCAUAUUGCACAUUGAAAAUGCCACUUUACCUGUUGCCACUUAUUCAAAGUUUCAGCCGCAAACAGAAGAUUUUUUGGAUAUCACAAAUCCCAAAGCUGUCUUGGAAAAUGCUCUAAGAAAUUUUGCUUGCCUUACUACUUCUGAUCUCAUUGCCAUUGAUUACAAUGAUAAAAUAUAUGAAUUUUGUGUGUUGGAAACAAAACCUGGAAAAGCUGUUUCCAUUAUAGAAUGUGAUAUGAACGUAGAGUUUGCUCCUCCUGUGGGAUAUGUUGAACCUGAAUCAAAAAUGCAGACACAAGAAGAUGAAAAUCAGCCUCCUUUACAAGAUCCAAAUAUUCCUUUACCCGAUGGAUCCUUUUUUGCAUUUCAAGGUAAAGGUGUGAGGCUGGAUGGUAAACAAAAGAAAGGAUCUGAUUUGCCAGAUAAAAUACUUAAUAUCCCUCCCCCUAGAAGAGGAAUUCCUGAUUACGAUUAUGAAAUUGGCACUUUAAGAUUUAUUAGAACUAUAAGACCAGAGGAUAUAAAUAAUGAUAAAACUCCUGAAGACAAUUUUGAAGCUUUCACUGGAAAGGGAUUUACUUUACGGAAAGGAAAAAUUAGAGAUUGAAUUCGGAAGCAGCACCCAGAAAAUUACUUCUGUAAUAUACUUGUAUUUAUAAACCCUUAUUAAAUUAACUCCAUUUU